GAAAGGUCAAGGUCCCUCUCUCCUCUAUCCUUGGCAACAAGCCCUAAUCCUUCUUUUCCUCGAACUUCCGAAGCAGAAGCUGCUACUGUACUGAUCCAAUAAUUGCAAUUCGAACCAACCAUUUCACUCUCAAUUCAAAUUCUAAGCGGUGAUAGCUUGGGGAAGCAGUAUGCCAGCAGUGCGGUAUUUUUCCCCUGAAGACACGAUAGAGCAGAAGUUACAGAUUGAAAGGAGGCUUGGUAGUGUGAAAGCAUGUAAGUACUUUAAUCUUCUCACGAGAUUUCUGAGUCUCAAAAUUCGCAAACAUGAGUUUGAUAGGCUCUGCAUAGCAACUAUUGGGAGAGAAAAUGUCCCUCUUCAUAAUCAUUUACUCAAGUCAAUCUUGAAAAAAGCUAGUCUUGCCAAGACGACACCGAGCAGAGAAAGCAAAGUGGAAGGUUCUUUGAAUGUGAAAACACCAAAUGGGUGUAACAAUCUUCAGUUUCUAUGCAAGGAUUUUCCUCAAUCUCCUCGAAAAGGAAGGACUCCAAAUUUGCGUGACCGCAGAUUCAGGGAUCGUCCCAGCCCUCUUGGUCCUCACGGGAAGAACAACAGCGUCGGGUUUGAGGAUUCAGCCCCCAAAAUUCAUGAGCAGCAAAGUAAUAUCGAUCAACAAUCUACAGGUAGUAGACUACCUCUCUCUGCUGUGGAAGACGGGGAGGAGGUUGAUCAGGAUUCUGAAAGCCUGAAAGUUUUUAGGAGUCCUGUUCGAGCACCUCUUGCUAUUCCCACUUACAAUAGAAGAGCACAAAAACGUUUAUGCAAAGGAUUACCAUCUGGUACUGUUACUGAUACCUGCCAUAGCAUUGGCCAGCUACCUGAUUCUUGUUCUUUGACGAAAAGGUUGGAGCAAAAAUUGGAAAUGGAAGGAUUUAAGGUCUCAGCGGAUGCAGCCAACUUAUUAAAUAAUGCACUUGAUGUUUACCUCAAAAAAUUGAUAAAACCCUGUUUGGAUUUAGCUGCUCCGAUGUCUGUAAAUAAGUUUAGUGGUCAAAUCCAUCCUGGUUUGAAUGGGCUACCAAUGAAUAGGCUUGUCCAAAAGCCAAUUGGAUCUGUUUCUGCAUCUAUAUCUGACUUUAGAACAGCAGUAGAGUUGAAUCCUACUAUAUUAGGGGAAGAUUGGUCACUACAUUUUGAGAAGAUUUGCGUACGUGCAUUAAAAGAAUGAGCUAAAACAGAUUCAACAGUGUACUGAUGCAAGCUAUAAAUAUUUUCCUCAAAGUAAUGAUAGUGGAAUGGGUUGGUCCACCCUGAAUCCGAUAUUGAUUUUUCACUCAAACAUUGCUGACAUAUAAGUGGAAAUAUGGGAAGUUUUUAAUUCAGUGACCAUAUUCUGUAUAGGUUUUAGACUUUAGUGCUGACAAAUUUGGUUUGGGACAUUAUGACUUGUUAAAUGAUAAAAUAUAAUAAACUGGAACAAUAAAGUUUACUGAACAGAUUGUGAUCUCUUCUUGAUAUCAUUAGGGUAUUUCUUCAUUGUAUUAAGAAAUUUUUGUAAAGCUUAUAUUCAAUCUUCCUCAAGUUUUGUUUUGUU